ACCUUGAUCCGGCGCCGAAAUCUAUUUACCAAUCCAUACCCCUGCUGUCCACUCCACAAAUGUCCUUUGCUUUGGCGUCUAAAAACGUUCUUCUCGAUGAUCACCUUGUGGCAGCCACCAUCAUCUACUCCCAACAAACAGGUAAGAUCCUUGAUAUCCACCACCAAAUUCUCCCCCGCACGGACCCAGUGCUAGCGUUAUACCACGUCGCGCCCGAGAACUACCGCGACGUGACGCCGCUCAUCGUAAUGCCCGGGUUGGUCGACGCCCACGUCCACUUGAACGAGCCCGGCCGUACCGAGUGGGAAGGGUUCGCCACCGGCACCCAGGCAGCCGCGUCGGGCGGUGUUACCACCGUCAUCGACAUGCCCUUGAACGCGAUCCCGCCCACCACCACCGUGGAAAACUUUCUCCUUAAAAUCUCCGCCGCCGCCGGUAAGUGCUACGUCGACGUGGGCUUCUGGGGUGGCUUGGUCCCCGAUAAUAUCGACUCGUUACGUCCGUUAAUUCGUAUGGGUGUUCGUGGUUUUAAAUCAUUUUUAAUCGAGAGUGGAGUGGAAGAGUUCCCAGCCAUUAAGCCUAAACACAUUCUACGGGCCAUGAAAGAAGUGGACGGUUUAAAAACCCUUUUGAUGUUCCACGCCGAAAUGCAGCCCAAUCGCAACAUCGAUGAUUUACUCAACGACUCAUCCAACGACACCUCCGACAUCGACUCCAUCAACGGGGUGGGUAAUGACAUUGAAGAUUUUGAUCUUGGGAUGUCAGCAUCGUUCAUCCACAGGGCCCCCAAGCCGGUAGUGGACUUGUUGAGCCGGCAGCACGGUCCUCGCGGUGAGUACGAAAAUGUCCGCUUCCCCCACCGCCCCGCCGGCUCCAUCGACCGCAGCGGCUUGACGGACGAACAGGCCAAGGCAUUGGCCAAGUCCCCGUACCUCGCGGGGUCCGAGCCCAUCUACGGUCGGUUUGCGCGUAUGGCCCACCACCACGACCUGCUCGCGCCUGGCGACGACCCUAAAUCUCCUCUUUUAAUGGCCCAGCGUGAGGACAAACUCUUGGAGAACAUCGACCCCACGUCGUAUGCGUCGUUCCUUGCGUCUCGUCCCGACUCGUUCGAGACCACUGCCAUUGCCGAAAUCAUCAAUUGCUCCACCAUGAUUCCUACGGUUCCGUUGCACAUUGUCCAUUUGGCCACCCACGAGGCCAUCCCCUUGAUUAGGGCUGCCAAGGCCCAGAACUUGCCGAUUUCAGCCGAAACAUGCUUCCACUAUUUGCUGUUUUACGCCGAGAACAUCCCUAAAUGUUCCACCCAUUUCAAGUGCUGUCCUCCCAUCAGGACUGAUGAUAAUAGAAAAUUAUUGUGGAAGGCUUUGCGGAACGAUAUCAUCACCACCGUGGUGUCGGACCAUUCUCCCUGUACGCCAGAUUUGAAGGGCUUGGAAAAAGGAGAUUUUUUCGAGGCCUGGGGAGGUAUUGCUUCCGUAGGCUUUGGCUUACCGAUCAUGUACACCGAAGGGUUGAAGUUGUACCCUCCCAUCACCAUUGCCGAGAUCUCCAAGUGGUGCUCUUGGAACACCGCCAAGCAGGUGGGUUUGUCUCACGUCAAGGGGAAGAUCGCCGUAGGAUACGAUGCUGAUUUCGUACUUUUCAAUCCAGAUAUGACGUACGCAGUGGAAAACCAAAAGACUUUUUUCAAGAACAAGCUUACCGCUUACCAUGGAAUGAAGUUCAAGGGGAAGGUCAUGGAGACGAUAGUGAGAGGAAACUCAGUGUUUGCAUUUGGAGAAGGUCAUUCGUCGGAGCCUAUGGGAAGAAUGAUCUUAGAGCCUAGAUUUGACUAGAGAUGUAUCAUAAUAUAUAUGGUCAGAACUUCGGCCAACUUGGAUAUUGGGUAAAUGCGUUAUAUAUUUCAUCAGUUUUAUUGUGCCUGUUUUUCGCAGCCAGUUCCAAAUCAUGCAGCAUUUAUGGAUUCUGCAGAAAUUAGCCCUUGCA